AUGGCUGCGGUGGAGAGCUCUCCCCCCGCCGCCAAACGGUUCAGGGCCGAUUCACCUACCGGUUCACCCAGAAAGGUCAACGGGUAUCUCAAUGGUUCAACUCUCUCCACUCCGCCGCCACCUGGCACAUCGGUCUCGGCCGGGGAUCCUGACAGCGACAAUGAGACUGAGAGUCUCGUCAAGUUCGAAGACGAAGAUGUCGGAAGGAGAGACAUGUACCUCGAUACCAUUGCACGACAGAACCUCGACUUUGACUUUGAACGGUUAUGCUCGAAGAGUUUGAGCAACAUCAACGUUUAUGCUUGUCUAGUCUGUGGCAAGUACUUUCAAGGUAGAGGAAGGGGUAGCUGGGCCUAUCGUCACGCCGUGGGUGACAACCACCGUGUCUGGCUCAAUCUGUCAACCGAAAAGUUCUACGUCCUUCCGGAGGGCUAUCUAGUUUCAGACCCAUCUCUCAACGAUAUCAUUCACGUGCUCAAUCCCAAAUACAAAUCUUCAGACCUCGCUGCUUUGUCCAAACUUCCUUCUCCUUGUUUCACCCUCAAUUCGACUCUAUAUCUACCUGGAUAUAUCGGUCUCAACAAUAUCAAGCAUAACGACUAUCUCAAUGUCAUUCUACAUCUUCUUUUGCAUGUACCUCCUGUCCGUAACUUUCUUCUUGACCCUGCCACUCCUGCUUUGAAGGAGGACCGACGUCCCACCGAGCUUGUUCAACGGCUAUCUACUCUGUGUAAACGGUUAUGGAAUCCUCAGCUGUUCAAAGCUCAAAUUAGCCCUCACGAAUUCCUCCAAGAGGUCGCAAAACGCAGCGCCGGAAAGUUCAAGAUGACUGAGCAAGGUGAUCCAGUAGAGUUUCUGGGUUGGCUGGUCAACACGCUGCACAGGGAUCUGGGUGGGACGAAAAAGCGUAAUUCGAGCGUCAUAUACUCCACAUUCCAGGGUAAAGUACAGAUCGAGACACAGCAAGUCAUCACACACAAAGAGUACGCGCGGCCGGUGUUUGACAUUGGAAGAGAUAUACAAACUGUAUCAUCCCCCUUCCUUUUCCUCGCUCUGGACCUUCCGCCGACACCUCUUUUCACCGACCUGAAUGAAAAGAAAAUCAUCCCCCAGGUCCCGUUGUCAACCAUCCUGGCGAAGUUCGAUGGCAAGAUGACUCAAGAAUUCGGACCUACUCUCAAGAGACAUCACCUGACAGCGCUUCCUCCAUACCUCAUUUUACACAUCAAGCGAUUCACCAAGAACAACUUCGUAGAAGAGAAGAAUCCUACUAUUGUCAACUUUCCACUCCGAGGUGUGGAACUCAACGAUUAUGUAGACCCUAAACCAAGCGAUCCCUUGCAUUCUGUAUACGACCUCCUUUCGAAUGUCACACUUGACUCGACCGUGGCAUCCACGUCAAGUACGGGUACAGGACCAGGUGUGUCUAAACGCGACCCAUCUGAGGAAGGUCAGACCACGUGGAAGAUACACGUCCGGGCAGGACAGGGAGGAGGUGAUGAGGAGAAAUGGUUCGAGAUGCAAGAUUUGAGAGUGGAGGAGGUACGGCGGGAGAUGGUCUUCCUUGGUGAGACCGUGAUUCAAGUGUGGGAAAGACGGGAUCUAUCAACGCCGAGAGGAUAG